CGUUCACGCCUAGUCUCUCCCUUACCCCUAUAUAUGUAUGUGCAAACUUUCAUUCACAGCUUGCUUUAAAACUUCAUCAUAAUCAUCAACCUUGCUCUCUUUCUUUGUCUUUUUUGAAACUUAGUUUCUGUCUCUCUCUCUCUUCUCCGAAAGAGAGAGAUAGAAAGAAAAGAAAAAAAAAAAAAAGAAAGAAAGAAAGAAAGAGAUAUGGCUAUGGCAUUUAAGUGGCUUAUUCAUUCAGCAUGUCAUGUUUUAGGGUAUCCAAACGACACCGUUUCUCAAAUUCAUCAUGCUGAUGGAGAUUUGAAGAGCUUGAAGGUUUCGACCUCUAAUGGUGUGGCUGUGAAGAAUAAUAUUAAUCAUGAUGAGCAAUUCCAAAUGCCUCUUCAUUACCCUCGCUAUACAAAAGCCGAUUACGAGAAGAUGGAGGAGUGGAAAGUUGACAUGCUUCUUAAGCAAUAUGGAAUUGCAAAUAUCCAAGGGAGCCUUGAUGAGAAGAGGGCUUUUGCAAUGGGGGCUUUCUUGUGGCCUGAUCAAUAUUGAUUAAUUAAUCAAAUUAGCUGCUUUGUUUCCCAAGUUCAUAAGUUUAAUAAAUUUCUUGUUUUUCUAUCCUGUAAGUCUGUAACUAGUACUGCAUAUGCAUAAUAAUAUGUAAUUUUGAGCAUGGUUAUAUAAUCUUAUGGUUUUGCAUUUACUUAA